AUGAGAUUAUCUCGUGAAUGUCCCGGCUAUAUCAACUGGUCGGACAAAUACGAUGUGAUAAUGACGCGUGUGUUGCGUUCAAUGAAUUUGGAUAUUGGUGCAGAACGUGUUCAGAUUGGAUGCGGUACGACCACGUUUAAUUUGGACACUGCUGCGGUCUGGAUUGCGUAUAUGCUGGGUGGGCACGAUGACGGGUUGGUGUUAUUUGUUGGGGAUUGUUCAUUCAUUUUGUAG